AUGGCGAACGACAUUUCAAUGGGAGAAGAAGCAGGCUUAUCGUGUUCCAGACGUACGAGGAGCAUCUCGCUGCCAGACAAACCUGGCAGGUACAGUACUUGUAUGGCUAUCUUCACUGGCAUCUGUCACCUGGUCUGUGGCAUCGCCUGUUUGGUGCUCAGGACUGAAAUAUACAGCAGGAUUCAAUACAGUUUGCUUACAUAUGAAGUUGUCUUCCUUCUUGUACUUUCGAUCAUUGCAACUCUAGCUUGCAACAUCAACAACUUUGUUGUCACUUUUAUGAUUUCCGUCUUGACAGAUAUUGAAUAUUCAAAGUUGUUCAGAGCUUACAGAAGAGAUUAUUACAAACUUGAGAUACUCCAGAGUCGGGACCCGAGCAACUAA